UCGCCCACGAGCCCCACCCAUCUCUGGAUACCUGUACCUCCUCAAUACUGGAAGCCAGUUCCUGCCAGUCUGUCCAUCUCUCAACGUUGGCAGCAGCUGCUGCCCCUCUGCUCCUUCCCCUUCCCACCUCAAAAUCGCCCUUGUUCCCGGAAGGCCUGUGACUGAGCAGCAGUUGGUGGGGAGUGGGGCUCGGAAGCCUUCAGUAAAGGCAGACAGCAUUCCACAGGCCACUCACCCAACCUCUGGCGGCAUGGCACAGACCCUCCAGGGGAUGCAGAGCCAGCUACCCUCAGCCUCCCAUGAGGUACCCACCUUCUUGGUGCCUGGGGAAGAUGGAGGUCUAGGGGCUGUGUCUUUAAGGCAGACACAGCAGCGGCAGCCUCUGCCCGGCAGGGACAGGGGGAGGGGAAUUGGUCAGUCCAUUACCGGCAGAGCUGGCUGGCGCCAAUCACCAGCCCUUCAGAGGACCCUGGGGAUUAAGAAGCAACCAGCCCUUCACCAGGCCUCUCGGCCUCUUCGGACUCCCCACUUCUCUUGGGUGUGUGGUGAAGGAUCGGGUACCUGACAGCAGGUGACAGCCUCGGCUUCAUGAGACAAGUGCACACAAGAUCUGGGCCUAAGCCAGGCCAGAGCUCCUUUUCCUCCAGGCCCUGUAACCUCAGGCCUUCCUCUUUCCCUAUGUCUAUCCCAACUUCUUCCAGGCAGGGACCCCAGCUCCAGACAAGCCCUCAGGUCUGGGUCUGGGGCUCCUCCGGCUUUGGCGUUUGCUGGAAGGCGCUGUCUACCAUCCCUGCCUGUGGUCGAAUCUCCGCUCUCUUCCCCGCAGUAGGGGGAAUCUUGUGGCCAGGCUCCAGCAACCUGUGGAGGGGAGGGUGCGGCGCCACUGCGGUCCGCAGGGUGGGGCAUCCCCCUCCCCACGCAGCCCCCGCUCCAGCCAGCCUCAGGCCAGGGGGAGGAGCUGGCCAGGCCCUCCGGAGCCUGCUGGGCUAUAAAGCUGCCUCGCAGCGUCUGCACCUCCUUCGCGUCCCAGCCCAGCCCUUCCAGCGCACACCGCGGUCCUCUGUAGACAUGAGCCACCACCCGUCGGGCCUCCGGGCCAGCGUGAGUGCCACCUCGUACCGCCGCACUUUCGGGCCGCCGCCCUCCCUGUCCCCUGGGGCCUUCUCGUACUCGUCCAGCUCACGCUUCUCUAGCAGCCGCCUGCUGGGCUCGGCGUCCCCGAGCUCCUCCGUGCGCCUGGGCAGCUUUCGCGCCCCUCGGGUGGGGGCUCUGCGCCUGCCCUCAGAGCGCCUCGACUUCUCCAUGGCCGAGGCCCUCAACCAGGAGUUCCUGGCCACGCGCAGCAAUGAGAAGCAAGAACUACAGGAGCUCAAUGACCGUUUCGCCAACUUCAUAGAGAAGGUGCGCUUCCUGGAGCAGCAGAACGCGGCUCUGCGUGGCGAGCUGAGCCAGGCACGGGGCCAGGAGCCAGCGCGCGCAGACCAACUGUGCCAGCAGGAACUGCGCGAACUGCGGCGCGAGCUAGAGCUACUGGGCCGGGAGCGCGACCGGGUGCAGGUGGAGCGCGAUGGGCUGGCCGAGGACCUGGCGGCGCUCAAGCAAAGACUGGAGGAGGAAACGCGCAAGCGGGAGGAUGCAGAACACAACCUCGUGCUCUUCCGCAAGGAUGUGGACGAUGCCACCCUGUCCCGUCUGGAACUAGAGCGCAAGAUUGAGUCCCUGAUGGAUGAGAUUGAGUUCCUCAAGAAACUGCACGAGGAGGAGCUUCGAGACCUGCAGGUGAGCGUGGAGAGUCAGCAGGUGCAGCAGGUGGAGGUCGAGGCGACUGUGAAGCCCGAGCUGACGGCGGCGCUGAGGGACAUCCGCGCGCAGUACGAGAGCAUCGCGGCGAAGAACCUGCAGGAGGCCGAGGAGUGGUACAAGUCCAAGUACGCGGACCUCUCCGAUGCCGCCAACCGGAACCACGAGGCCCUGCGCCAGGCCAAGCAGGAGAUGAACGAGUCUCGACGGCAGAUUCAGAGUCUGACCUGCGAGGUGGACGGGCUGCGCGGCACGAACGAGGCGCUGCUCCGGCAGCUGCGGGAGCUGGAGGAGCAGUUCGCCUUGGAGGCGGGCGGGUACCAGGCUGGCGCCGCGCGGUUGGAGGAGGAGCUGCGGCAGCUCAAGGAGGAGAUGGCCCGGCACCUGCGCGAGUACCAGGAGCUCCUCAACGUCAAGAUGGCCCUGGACAUCGAGAUCGCCACCUACCGGAAACUGCUGGAGGGCGAGGAGAGCCGGAUCUCGGUGCCCAUCCAUUCUUUUGCCUCCUUGAGUAUGAAGACGACUGAGAAUGGUUGCCUGAAAAAAGAGAAAUUCCAGUCUUUUCCUUUCUACUCCUCACGCUGCUCUCUCCAGUGCCUGAGGUGGAGCCAUCUCAGGAUAGCCACAGCCGGAAGAUGGUUCUGAUCCGGACCAUUGAGACCCGGGAUGGGGAGCAGGUGGUGACCGAGUCUCAGAAGGAGCAGCACAAUGGGCUGGACAAGUCUUCUACUCACAGCUACUGAACUCCCUCAGUUGGGAGCUCCCUGCCCCUACCCCAGGCCUACUGUAAUCCCAAAGCCUCACACCUAUCCUGAAUUGGUCUCCCUUCCCUUCCACUGCAUGUGCCUAGGGGAUGGCACCAGGCUUCCCCUCCCCAGCCCAUGGCCAAAUAGCUCGGCCCCUCUCUGACACAAAUGCUUUCCUUCCUUCCCUCAUAGAGGCUCUUAAACCACAGGACAAGUUGCUCCAGCCAGGACCCGUUGAUUGGUGGGGUGGGGUGGGGUGGGGUGGGGUGGGCCAGAGUCUGAGUUUCACUUUGGAGUCAAAUAAAAGUGCUAU